CGUGUAGUUGGAAGGCGCCCUGUGGGUAACGGCCGCGUUGGACGCCUGGUCGCGCGGUGAGAGUGUCAGGGAAGGAGGGGGGCACGCACAGGAUUCUGGGUUACCCAGCCCUCAGCAGAGAUAGAGGGUCUCAGAGUGAGCUUUACACCGUAGAGAGGGGCGGAGGAUGCCGGCGAGGAUGCGACAUUCCGCCCGAGAAAGAUGACUAAGCGACCGGUGAUUCUAUUCUGCCUCUUCCUGAUCUCCUGCUUAUGGUUUCCAUGCCAGCAUGUUUGUUGCAAUGAGGACACUACCCUUCCUACAGUACAAGUUGCGCAUAAUGAUGAAGGUUCAAUAAGUAAAGAUGAGCAAACUAAGGAAAAGGAGGACAUUGAGCAGCCAAAAAUCUCAUCUAUAGCGGAAACCGUGGACCCUAUAACUACAAGCCAGUUGGUUGAAGAUAGUGUUUUUGAAGACUGUCCAAAAGAAGAAAAGGAAACCAGACCAGAGCAAAUUUUAAAUGUACCUGUGAUUGACGCAGACACCAAAGACCUUGAAAAGGGGACUUUGAAAUUGGCAACUAGCACAGAGAACAUUUCCAGUUCAUCUACCUCAGAGAUUCCUCCUGUCCCGCUGCCAGAUGCAAUAGAAAAUUCCAGUGCCGCUCUCCCCGUAGUCGGCUCUAGUGAAAGUGAGCAGUCAGAUCCUGACUGUGACAUUGGGGGGGCAAUAGAGGUUGACCCUCAGAGUGAGCCCUCCUUUAUCAAUCCGCCAGCGAGUCUUGGAAAUGAACAUGUUGAAAACAACUCCAUUCCGCUUGACAAUAGACCAGAUGAAAACUCUCCUUAUGCCGGUACCAGUGAGGAGCAGUUACUGAUUAAUGGCUCAGAAGAACUUGUAACAGAGAAACUUGACCAAAAGGACACCUCUGGAGUUGACCCUGCAGCUUCUCGGAGCCAAAAGGACCCUGUUGACAUUCCAACAUUUGAUGAGUGGAAGAAACAAGUAAUGGAAGUUGAAAAAGAAAAAAGCCUGAUCAUGCAUACAUCUUCAAAUGGAGGACAACACUCUGUGAAGGUUCAAAAAAACAGAAAUAAUUAUGCUUCGGUGGAGUGUGGCGCAAAAAUACUAUCUGCAAACCCUGAAGCCAAGAGCACAUCUGCAAUAUUAAUAGAAAAUAUGGAUCUGUAUAUGUUAAAUCCCUGCAGCGCAAAAAUUUGGCUUGUUAUAGAACUGUGUGAACCCAUCCAGGUGAAACAGUUGGACAUUGCAAACUAUGAGCUGUUCUCCUCCACUCCAAAGGAUUUUCUGGUUUCUAUUAGUGACAGGUAUCCAACUAAUAAGUGGGUAAAGCUGGGUACAUUUCACGCAAGAGAUGAAAGAACAGUGCAGAGCUUUCCGCUGGAUGAGCAGAUGUAUGCAAAAUACGUCAAGAUGUUCAUCAAGUACAUAAAGGUGGAGCUUAUUUCACAUUUUGGAUCGGAACACUUCUGCCCGUUGAGCCUCAUAAGGGUUUUUGGUACCAGCAUGGUGGAAGAGUAUGAAGAAAUAGUUGACUCACAGUACCAAUCUGAGCGCCCUGACCUUUACGAUGAGGAUGAAGAUUACCCAAUUGAUUUCAAUAGAGAUGAUAAAGCAUCUAAAAAUCUGCUUGGAUCUGCGACAAAUGCCAUUCUUAGCAUGGUGAAUAAUCUUGCUGCUAAUAUGCUGGGUGCGAAUACUGAGGAAGGAAUCACUGAAGGGAAAGUACUGAAUGGUAGCAAAUCUAAAAAUGUGACAGCUGAAAUUCCAGAAGAAGGUACAGCAAAACCACCAGAACAAACACCAUCUCCAUCCCCAACAUUGGAAACCGAGAAUUUCCCUUCUUCUUCAGUAUCUGUUGCUGAGCUGGAGACUCCAAAAGAGAAUCCGAUCGUUCAGUUGGUAGAGGAUGAGGAGGAAGAGCAGCCUCUUCAGUCAACUGUAAUUCUUUUAGAAAAAGGUGAUCAAGAGGAUGAAAAGACUGCUUGGUUUGAACAAGAGACUCAGAUUUACUGCAAUGACUUUACAGCUAUCUGCUGCAUUUCAAGUUUCUCAGAAUACAUUUUUAAGUGGUGUUCGGCUAUUGUGGCUAUUCACAGACAACGCAGUAAAACAGUGGAGUGCAAGAGAAGAGGAGAUGGUAAAUCUCAGUCCACUCAGUUACCUGUAGCAAGCACAACUAUUAUCAGUUCUUUACAUGUAACAACCGUUUCAGAAUCAUCUGAUACCAAAAUGGCAGAAAUGGCAACAACUGAGUUUAUUUUGGUUUAUCCUGAUGGCAGUUUACCAUCAAGUACGUUGGAUAAAGAAGUUGAAUCAAUUGACUUGGAACCUAGCCACACAGAGGCAGUGUCUCAGUCUGUUAUUUUGCAUCUAACAUCAGAUGUGACAUCUACACCCACUACACCAGUUUUGGAAGCCACCAAAAUAGAUGCAGGCUCCACGGCCAACCUACUUUCUACUGAGGUCUUACAAACUCAAGUUAAGGAAGUUAAAACAAGCGAAGCCUUGGUUUAUGCGGAAAAGCCAACUGUAAGUUUGGAGACAAAUAUUUUGACAAACUUACCUGAAAUCCCUGUUAAAGACGAUAUUGACUACACUAACAUUAUUAAAGCAACCGAGACUAUCCCACCGCCAGAAACAAACACUUUACCGGUGGAUCGAGAAAUUGAAGAAACACAAAAACCUGUAAUAACACAAACUAUCGAGAGUCCACCUGCUGUAGAUAAAAAAGAAGAGGAGCAAACUUCAGAUGAUGUGACAAUCACUGGUAGUCUGCCCAGGGCUACUACAGAUUUCUAUGCUGAGCUACAAAAUUCUACUGAUUUGGGCUACACAAAUGGGAACCAAGUACAUGGUUCCAACCAAAAAGAAUCUGUUUUUAUGCGUCUCAAUAAUCGCAUUAAAGCUCUGGAAGUAAAUAUGUCUCUUAGUAGCCGUUACUUAGAAGAACUUAGUCAAAGGUACCGGAAACAAAUGGAAGAAAUGCAGAGAGCAUUUAACAAGACUAUAUUAAAGCUUCAAAAUACUUCUAGAAUUGCUGAAGAGCAGGAUCAGAGGCAGACAGAUUCCAUCCAAUUACUACAAGCACAGUUAAUGAAUAUGACACAACUGGUUUCAAAUCUUUCGGCAACGGUAGAUGAAUUAAAAAGAGAGGUGUCUGAUCGACAGAGCUAUCUAGUAGUGUCUCUGGUUUUGUGCAUUAUCUUGGGGUUGUUGGUUUGCCUGCAGCGCUGUAGAAAUACAUUUCACUUCAAUGAAGAGUACCUUUCCAAAAUACCUAAAAGCAAUAACUACCCCAGUCCAAAACGCUGCUUCUCUUCUUAUGAUGAUAUGAAUCUUAAACGGAGAACCACUCUUCCCUUGAUUCGUUCUCAGUCUUUUCAGCUGUCCAGUAAAGAGGUGGAUCUUGAUGACUUGUACAUUGUUGAACCGUUGAAAUUUUCUCCAGAGAAAAAGAAAAAACGAUGCAAAUAUAAAAAUGAAAAGAUUGAGACUUUAAAACCAAUGGAUCCAUUAAAAGCUCUCCCAAAUGGGGACAUUAAAACCAAGAAACCUUUCACAAAUCAAAGAGACUUCUCUAAUAUGGGAGAGGUAUAUCACUCCUCUUACAAAGGUCCGCCUUCUGAGGGUAGUUCUGAAACAUCAUCCCAAUCAGAGGAAUCUUAUUUCUGUGGAAUCACAGCCUGCACGGCCCUUUGUAAUGGGCAGCCCCAGAAGACUAAAACAGAGAAGAGAGCCAUUAAACGUAGGCGCUCGAAACUUCAGGACCAAGGAAAGUUUAUCAAAACUUUAAUACAAACUAAGUCUGGGUCCAUGCCCAGCCUCCAUGAUAUCAUCAAAACCAACAAAGACCUUACUGUGGGAACAUUUGGUGUUACGACUGUUUCUGGUCGUAUCUAGAAAACUAAAUAAAGUUCAACCACAGGUAUUGUUUUCUUUUUAUAUGUACUUUUUGCGAAGAAGAAGAUUCAGCUUGUGAGAUUUGUAGCUCGGUGGAUACAACCAACUUGGCUUUAAAUCCACAAUGUGAUGAAACAGGGCUGAUCUGAAGAUUAGUUUGUAGGUCAUCUCCUCCUGUUCUUGGAUACUUUGGACAAGGAAAUGGAACGUCUUUUGCUUUGAAUAUCGUUCUAUAGUAUAGUUUUUUUUCACAGUUUAAUUACUGGGGGAAAAUAGAAACUUUGCCCAGUUUGUUGGGUGAUACUUAAGCUCAACUCACCUUGUCCCCUAUCCUGACUUUGUUCCUGUAUUUGCACCUUUCAUAUUUAUGUGCCUUCUGUCUAUUUAUAAUGCCACUGGAGGGGAGAGCACCAAGUGUGUGCAACGUUUAGAUUUUUUGAUUUUUCUUUUUGUGUGUCUAAUUUUCUAUUGUAUGGUUCAGCAACACCGGUAUGCAAGGCCAUUUGCUUGAGUAAUACAAAAAAUGUGGUUACAUGUGUAACAUUUGCAGACAAUUUGAAACCAUCUUCUUGAAUAUAAAACCUCAAUACAGUCCAGCAUGUAGACCUCGCUGAGAUGUAGAUCCCUAAGCUGGCAAAAUCAUCAUGGGAGUUAUGUAAUUGCUAGAGGUUUAUCUUUUUGUCCUUCUCAGGCAUUGAUCGUAUUCUCUCUUAGUGGCCUAAUGUUAAUGUUGAUGUUUGCCUAAAUGUAUGCUAUUCAUAGUUUUACAGUAGAGAUUGUAGCCGUAUUAGUCCAGAGAUGUAGAUGUAAAAUUAACAGAUUAAAUUCUUGUAAUACUUUUUUUAUUGAACUAACAGAAUUUUGGAAUGACAAGCUUUUGAGAGAGCUUCACUUUCUUAAGUUUAAAGCAUUUUUGAGUAAAAACGACCCAUUGAUUUCAAAGUUGAGUUGUGACUUGGACAUUUCUGAGCAAAAACGACACCUUCAAGCUUAUCUUUUCAAAAUUCUGUUAGUCCAAUAAAAAAAGUAUUACUAGAUGCUAAUAUCCUUUGUUUUGCAUCUGCUAUUCAUAUUAUUAUUUAUUAAUGUGUGUAUGUGCAGGUCUGUUAGAAUUCUGAAAGUCACCGAAUAGCAAACAGUUUGGGAACCACUGGAGGGGUACGUCUAAUCUCUGUCAAAGAGCAUGAUGAUAUUUAAUACAACAUGCGUCCAUCUAUUGCCCAAGAUAGUGGGCAUGUAAUCACAACUGCAAUGCUUCCGACUAGGGUUUGAGUAGAUCAACAACAAGAAAUAUUACUUGGUUGCGAAGUACACAAAAGUACAGGCCAGAUUUUUAUUAUUAUGGGGAAAUAUGUUUGCACACCAAUCUGUCAGAUGCCAAAUAUGUGUCUGGUCAAGUUCCAAAUAUGUUGCAGAAAUCAGAUAAAAAAAAACAUACGGUAUAUGAUUUGCACAUCUUUCUUACAUGAAUUAUUAGCUACCACUUUUUUUUUAUAUAUUGGCCAUAAAUAUGCUAUCUGGCCAAGUGUUAGAUUUUUUUUUUUUUCUGUGUGCUUCCUUUUCGAGAUCUACGAGGGAAACAAGUUCUGGAAUCUGCUGUCAAUAAUGCAGGCAAAAGGUGUAUUUGUCUACACACACAUUCUCGUUGUCUCCUCUACUCCUCUUCACCCCCUACAUGCUAUGUAUUUAUUUUUUUAAAGAGUACACUACCUAUCCAGUACUGGGGAGUCCAGUUUGCCAUAGAACCCAAACACCUUGAGAACUAAAAAAAAAAAAAAAGUAUAACAAGGCGUACAAUCUUCUAAUUGGUUCUUCUAACCUGUGUGAACAGCUAUUGUACCUUCAUAGUUUGUAGAAUGUUGACUGGUCUUUCUGCUGUUCAAAUACUGCAACCCUUUCACAUCACAGGUAAGAGUCAGAACAGAUUACCAUGCACAUGCUUUUUAUUUUGUCUGUUUCAACUGCCAAGACGAUAACUAAGGCAUAAGGUCGCAACAGAGAGGAACAGUUUCUAUUGUUUUGGGGUACAGUAGAAGUUCAUGCAAGUUUGUACAGAUAGAUUUAUAACGGUGUUUUAUACACAUGGGGUGCACACUGGCAGUGGAGGCUAUAGACACACAGUAUGGACCCGCAUAUGUAUUUUCUGUGGUUGCAUAUAAGUUACAGACCCUAUUUUAGUGGUUUCCCACAAAUUAUUUUUAUUUUUUAGAUAUUUAUUUUUAUCCCUAGUGAGGUCAUAAAAAGGUGCCCGAUGUUUCUUGAAUACCAACACUAAGCCAGGUAGCACAUUUUAAUAUUAAUUAGAUAUGAAUAAAAGGAUUGAUACCAAGCAGUAGUUAUAACUCUCCUUAACAUUGCAUGUAUUUAAAUACUGAUUACGGUAAUCUUUUCACAUUGUUUUCUAUAAAUAUUUUUAAAGGUCAAUAUUUUAAUUUCUUUAGAAAUGCUCCGCAGUACAU